AAUGUGAAGUAAAUAAUAAAAUUGUGAUAAAUGACAUGUCAUGAUUUAGCUAGAGGUACAAUGAAGACAAACAGAAGAUAGAAGCAAUAAAAUGAAGACAGUACCAGUAUUAGGAGCAGUAGGGGUGGGGUUUAUUAGUAUUGGACUAUAUUAUGGUAUACUAACUACCUUGAUCUACAUCACCUUCAAUGUAUCAAUAGUAUUAUUAGGUCUAUAUCUCGGUGCUCAAUGGAGUUUAAUGUCUAGUAAACCCUAUAAACCACCACCUGUUGAAAAAGAGAUCAGUUUCUUCAGUGCUCUUAUAGAAAAAAUGAUAGAAAAAGAUCAAUUGAAACCUGAUGCAGUACGUAAAGUAGUUAUAUCUAGAAAUAUAGAUAAUAUUAUACAAGAAGUUUUAGACUUAUUUACACAAGAUUUUAUUCUGUCAUGGUACAAAGAUCUCAGUAUUAAACAACAACCUCUAGUUACCGCUUUACAUGGUGAGGUAUGGCAAAUGAUAGGAGAACUGAGUACAAGAUUAUCUAAGAUAGAUACAGUCACAGUUUUAACACAAGAUAUAGUGGACAUUUUAACAGAUCAUUUUAAAGAUAUUAGAUUAGCCAAUAAAAGACCUAAUAUGAAGUCUGGAGAAGAAACUCCGAAAUUUUUACUCCAUUCCUGGCUAACAGAUGAAGAAUCAGAAAUAGAUUUUUUACGUAAAGUAACAGAAACUCUAUUAGUUGUUCUUCUACCCCCUCAUUAUGUUAAAACUAAACAGAUUCGUCAUUUAUUGAGAGAAAUUAUUACUUCUACAGCAUUAAAACCAUUAGUAGAUAUUUUGUGUGAUCCGGACUAUAUUAAUCAGACAUUAUUAGAUUAUUUAAAAUAUCGUGAGAAAUUAUCAGAAGAUACCCGAAGAACCUAUACCUAUGCACCAACUUAUGAAGAUUUUGUGAAAAUGAUAGCAGCUGGUAGUGAUAUAGAACAUCUAAAACAAAUCAGAUACAAUAUAAUGUCAGAGAUAAUGCAAUCAACUACUAUCAAUAAUAUUAAAAGAGCUCAAGGUUUGAAAACAGAUAAAGUUAGUGCACCUAAGGGUCAAACAAAAGGUGAAUUACUAAAAGCUAGAAACUUAAAAAGAUAUAUAAAUCAGUUAACAGUUGCUAAGCAACAAUGUGAGAAACGUAUCCAGUCUCUGGGUGGACCAGAUUAUAAGUCGUACAGUGAUCCUAGAGAUGGUUAUAUAGACCAAAUCUUACCAGGACAAACUGUUCUAUCAUUUAAUGUAAUUAUUGAUAUACCUAAAGCUAGAGAAUGUUUUAUGAAAUAUUUAAAAAAGGAAGGAGCAGAAUCUUUGUUAGGAUUUUGGAAUGCAGUUGAAGAUUUAAGAAAUGCCAAUAAGCAACAACGCCAUCAAGUAGCUAGUGAACUAUAUCAUCAAUAUAUAGCUAGUAGUACAACUAUAGUUAAAUUAGAUAAAACUAUUGUUAAAAAUAUAGAAUUAUUUCUUAGAGGAGAUUCUGGACCAGAAGCAUUCUAUGAUGGUCAGGAAGUAGUGAGUGAUUUAUUAGAGAAGAAAUAUUACCCAUCAUUUAUAGUCAGUGAUACAUAUCAUCAAUAUAUAUCAUAUUUAGAGGAAAGAGAUAUUAAUGUUGAUGUUACUCCUAAAGAUGUAGAUGUAUUCGAUGAUGAAGAUUUAGAUGAUAGUUCUAGUAAUUUUAUAGAUCAACAAUCUAAUCAAGCUCAAAAACGACUACAACAAUUAGAUGAGAAAAUAGUCAACAAAUCCCAGGCAUUACAGGCUUUAAAAACACAGAAACUAGAUGAUAAGAUAAAGAAAGUAGAGAGUGACAUGGAAGCAGAGUUAGAUAAUCUUAGAUUCGAAAGAAGAACAAUAGAAUCACAUAUAGUACGUACACAACAAUGGAUUGAAUAUCAGGGACAGUGGAAAGCCAAUGUACAGAGUGCUGAGGUUGACACUGUUGGUGAUAAACCUGUGGCUUAUUUUGUGCUUGUGGUACAUUUAUCUGGUCAAGGUGGUGGUCAAGGAUUACAGGACAGUGUCCAGGGCUGGGUAGUGUCCAGAACAUUGGAAGAAUUUCAAGCUCUACAUUCAAAACUUAUUCUGAUUUGUCCAUGGUUAAAGAAGAAGGACAUGCCUAGUUUAAGUUUGAAUCCAUUUAAAUCUAUUGAUUCAGCAUUCUUAGAGAAAGCUAAAACAUCUUUAGAUGAAUAUUUACAGGCCGUAAUGAGAGAUGACAGAAUGACUCAGAGUGAGAUUUUAUAUGUGUUUUUAACACCCACUCCAGAAUAUCUACAACAACCUGUUGCUCAGAAGAAAACCACAUUUUCUGGUUUCGUUAACAUGGUAAAAAGCUUACCUAAACGUUCUGAAUCUAAAAAUAGUAGUGGUGAUGAUGAUUUUUUAUUCCUUGGUGAAGACAGUAACAAAGAAGAUAUAAGUCGUGAUUCUAUAGCCAAACCACUUUAUAGAUUUAUGAAUGAAGUGUUUGAAUUAAGAGGAAUGUUUAAAUGGUUACGUAAAAGUUUUAUAACUUUUGUAGAAGUUACAUUUGGUCGCUCCAUUAACAGACAACUACAUGAGACAGUAGAUUGGGUAUUCUCAGAGUCCAUGAUUAUCUAUUAUAUAAGAUUGUUUAAAGAGUCCAUGUGGCCUGAUGGUAAGUGGGCUGAUCUGUCAAAUCCCAGAACAGAUGAAGAAAAACUAGCCACUAGAAAUGAUGCCAAAGAAAAAUUUAUUUCCAACAUACCAGAUGCAUUAAAGAACCUGGUAGGCGAAGAUAAUGCUAAACAUGGUACUAUUAAGAUGUUUGAAGUCAUGCAAGAUAUCAGACUCAAUAAACAUAUCUUUUAUUGUUUAUUACAAGUAUUUCUAAAUGAAUUAAUACCAGAGUUAGAAAGUGUGAAGGAUGAAAAUGAAGGGGAUGAAACGUGA